ACAACAACAACAAUAACGAUAGUAACAAUGACAAACACAAUAUCAAAACAUCAACAAAUGUUGUUACCAUCGAUAACGAUUAAUAAGCUUUGAGCCAAGAAGGAAAAAAGAAAAUAGAAGAGGUGGAGUGAGGGAGAGAAGAGGAAGGGGAGGAAGAGGUGCAGGAGGAAGAGGAAGAAUCAGCGGAAAGACGAAAUUUCACUCAGAAAGAGUUGACAAGAGGUAAAGUGAAGAAGGUCAACUCUUAAGAGGGUUUCAUGAAAAUGAACACAGUGUUGGAUAACUUAUAUGUCAGACAGAAAACAUUUUCCUUAAAACUAUCGCAAUUUCUUCCCAAUUUGAAAUGGUGCGAAGAAAUGGUCAUGAAUAACGGCACUGCACAAAGUAUUCAUGCUUUUCAAGACUGUAUUCCAUUUCGAAGAAAUAAUUCCUUUCCGAGUGGAUAUAUUUCUUCAUUAACUUUUUGGCCGGUUAAGUCAAUAGAAAAACGUAACACAAUGAAAAUAUUCUUUGGUUUCCUUUUGCUUUUGAACUUGGUCGACAUUGGACAAUGUGUGACACAGUGCGUGUGUACAACAAACCCUUUCAGUUCAACUUUCAGUGACACUUCUCAAGGAUUCUCUACGACGGAAAUGGCUUCUACAGGAACCAGUUUUACGUUCAUUUCGAGUAGUGACAACCCAACGCAACUACCGACUUCGAUAAGUACAAGUACGGUAUACAGCGAACCAAGCACGGACGCAACCACUACCGAAACACCAUCCACUAGUACAACAGAGGCACCAACCACUAGUACAACGGAAGAACCAACCACUAGUACAACAGAAGCACCAACCACUAGUACAACAGAAGCACCAACCACUAGUACAACAGAAGCACCAACCUCUACUACAACAGAAGCACCAACCUCUACUACAACAGAAACACCAACCACUAGUACAACAGAAGAACCAACCUCUACUACAACAGAAACACCAACCACUAGUACAACAGACGAACCAACCUCUACUACCACGGAAGCACCAACCACUAGUACAACAGAAGCACCAACCUCUACUACAACAGAAACACCAACCACUAGUACAACAGAAGCACCAACCUCUACUACAACGGAAGCACCAACCACUAGUACAACAGAAGCACCAACCACUAGUACAACAGAAGCACCAACCUCUACUACAACAGAAACACUAACCACUAGUACAACAGAAGCACCAACCACUAGUACAACAGAAGCACCAACCUCUACUACAACAGAAGCACCAACCUCUACUACAACAGAAGCACCAACCUCUACUACAACAGAAACACCAACCACUAGUACAACAGAAGCACCAACCUCUACUACAACAGAAGCACCAACCACUAGUACAACAGAAGCACCAACCUCUACUACAACAGAAACACCAACCACUAGUACAACGGAAGCACCAACCACUAGUACAACAGAAGCACCAACCUCUACUACAACGGAAGCACCAACCACUAGUACAACAGAAGCACCAACCUCUACUACAACAGAAACACCAACCACUAGUACAACAGAAGCACCAACCACUAGUACAACAGAAGCACCAACCUCUACUACAACGGAAGCAGCAACCUCUACUACAACAGAAGCACCAACCUCUACUACAACAGAAACACCAACCACUAGUACAACAGAAACACCAACCACUAGUACAACGGAAGCACCAAACUCUACUACAACAGAAACACCAACCACUAGUACAACAGAAGCACCAACCUCUACUACAACAGAAACACCAACCACUAGUACAACAGAAGCACCAACCUCUACUACAACAAAAACACCAAGCACUAGUACAACGGAAGCACCAACCUCUACUACAACAGAAGCACCUACCACUACUACAACAAAAACACCAACCACUAGUACAACGGAAGCACCAACCUCUACUACAACAGAAGCACCAACCACUACUACAACAGAAGCACCAACCUCUACUACAACAGAAGCACCAACCUCUACUACAACAGAAGCACCAACCACUACUACAACGGAAGCACCAACCACUACUACAACGGAAGCAACAACCACUACUACAACGGAAGCAACAACCACUACUACAACGGAAGCAACAACCACUACUACAACGGAAGCAACAACCACUACUACAACAUCAAUCGAUGGAUUAACAACUUCAGAGAGUUAUUCCACAACCGAGAACCUGAACUGCCUCACUUACGACUGUGCAGGGACAUGUAAUGGUACUGCAACUAUCAGCGAUUGUGGUUACUGCGUGGGCGGUGUGACUAAUAGAACACAAAAAUAUGGUUUUGAUUGCAACGAUGUUUGCAAUGGUACAGCAUAUAAAGACAAUUGCGGAUACUGUGUCAAUGGGGAAAAGAAAAAUGGAAGCGACUUUCAAGAUUGCGCAGGAACUUGCCACGCACCAGGUCAAACAGCGUACAAAGCCUACCAGAACAACUAUACAUGUAACCAAUGCGUGCAAUGGAAUGAAACUUUACCUGAUGGGUUCAAAGACGCUUGUGGCGUAUGUAAUGGAAAUAAUGCUACAUGUACCGACUGCGCUGGCGUAAUUAACGGAACGUCGCUUAAAGACCAGUGUGGAGUGUGUAACGGAAACGGCUCAGGCUGUUUUAGUAUCAUCGAAGUGAUACCGAAGAUAAUUCCGGAAUAUGUGGAAAAGACACUGUAUAUUAAUGUGGCCGGACCUAAAGACGAUCUAGUGGUUCUAGACAUAAAUGGAAAUAUUCCGUAUACCCUUGUAAAUUCAAGCCAUAUUAGUGCGGUUGUAAACCUAACCAAAGGUACUUAUAACAUCUAUUUGAAUAACUCACAAGGUUUAAAAGCUAAUUUUUCCGGCUUCAAUGUUUACAAAAAAUCAGAAAUCGUAAGUUCGGUCAGUCCUUUGAAUCUUACUCUCGACACAAAACAGCCCAGCGAUCUUUCUUUAUCUGUCAGUGUCAGCGUAGCAGACCAAGUGCAAUGCCUCUUUUAUGAUUCAAACAAUGUCGUCGUUCAUGUUGCCAACAAAACGAAUGACCUCUGCCCACUCCCUAAACUUACAUCAAGUCAAAAAUUUCAAGUUGGUUUAUCUUUCAACGGUAUUGAUGUCUUUGGUGGUCCGUACGAAGUCACAGUUAUUGCCAAAGAACCGUCAGUUCAAUCUUCAAACUUUGGUUCUACUGGAGCUGUUAUUGAGGUAAAGUUCGACCGACCGAUUGACACUGCUGCACUCGUGACAUGUGACAAAAUUUUUACAAACACAACUCAACUUGGUAACGAAGCUGCUUGUAACUGGUACUCUGAUUCGACAUUGACCAUAACGGUAGGCAAAGGAAAUGAUCUCAUAGAGGCAGGUUCUUUUUUGACUUUUGAGAACGAUGCAGUGAAAGCCAAAGGCCAGAGUUAUGCCUAUCCUAACGAAAUGACUAUCACAGUAGGCUAUCCUGAUCAACCAGUUUCUGUGGAAUCGGUAAUCGAAGGUCCCUCAAAAAUACCCAGCUGCGGUGUCGUGCAGUAUACGGGUACGAAGAGUCGAGGAAGCGGCGGUAGAAAGUUAGAAUACGAAUGGACCGGUAACAUGGCAAUAGUCGAUAACACACAGGACUCGAUAACGCUCAACUCAAGUGAUUUACAGAUCGGAACUACAUACACUGUAACACUGAAAGUGAUGAAUUUCCUGAACACGUAUGACAUUUCUUCUUUGACGGUAAUUAGAGAUGCCAAUGCAAUUCCAAUCGUCUAUCUUUCAUCCGAUGUCGACACAGAGAAGAUCCAAGUUGCAGACACGUUUUACAUUCGCUCGAUUAUCCAGUUUCCGCAGUGUAUGUCCUUAGCGCUAGAAUACGAUUGGUCAGCAGUUUCAACUGAAGGGCCGUACGACGUUGACAAGAUCUGGGCUAAUUCAAAGGACUAUAAAGUAUCAAAGAAUACGCUGAAAGGUGGUUCCGAGAUAACAUUCACCCUGAAUGUAACAGUUAAAUCUAACAGCUCGAUCUAUUCAACUAACAGUAUUAAGUUGAAAGUAAAAAAUGCACUUUUACAAGUCAUUAUUCGAGGUGGCUCAGAGAGAAGUGUCGGCGUGAGUGAGGCAAUUGAGCUGAACGGAAGCCCCUCAUACGAUCCAGAUGGUGUAACUGGUGUACCGGAAGAAUAUGUAUGGGGUUGUACUUGGAAAAGCCUUGAAAUGAGCCAGCCUAACCCAUGCUAUAUCAAAGGAAAAUUAUUCCCGGAUUUACCAAAUAUUACGAGUCCUGACUUGAAACUUGAUGCAGAUAGUCUCAUAUUAUCUUACACCUAUAUUUUUACUUUAACCAUGACAAAAGGUGAAAGGAAGUCGUCUGCUUCUGUUCAAAUAGUUACUGUUCCAGGUCAACCACCUCAAGUCUUGUUUGAACCCUUACCAACUAAAGUUUUAACAAAUCAGUCCUUAAAACUCACAGUCUAUAUCACCUCAACCAGCAAUUUCUCUAUUGAGUGGCGCGUAGACAAUUCCAAUCUUUCAGAUUAUGGUUAUUUCGACAUAAAUAAUCCUGACAAUCAGGAUGAGAAAAGUCCCAAAACUGAAGUGAAUCCGAAUUAUUUCUUCAGUUACAUUAUUAUCAAACCAAAUGUGUUGCAGGCUGGCAUGAAGUACAAAAUAUCCGUCAUUGCAAGUAGUAGCGCAUCUGGAAUGGGUGCGAUCGAAUUUAAGAUGCCAGCCGGUGUAACGUCUUGUUUACUGCAAGUACCAGAUACGUACGAAUAUCUUGAAACGAUCAAAUGUCACCAAAAUCGUAUCAAAGGCAUCCCAGCCUUGACUAUUUCAUCUUUCUAG